CCCCGGCGAGGCCUGUACACAAAGAAGCAGUUCCAGCAGCUUCCAUUGUACACUGCCGCCCGAGCUUGCCAAUGCUUCGGAGCAAUGCUGCACAGCCAACGCCUGCGCGAAAUGCCAAACAGAGCAGACCCUGGACACGAUCUUGAAUACUAACUCUCGUUUGGUAUUUCAUAGCAGGACUUCGAGUCCCUAGAGUAUCUCGAGCUGCCGACCCCGAUUGAUAUGCGACUGCAGCACGACCAUCAUUCAAUAUCUUCUCUGGCCAUAGAUAACAGUUGCCAAUCUUCAUCGGCUUUCAGCGGGUUCCCAGCGCCCCUACUGAAUUCCUCGACCGGAUAUCCUUCAGACGUGUCGACCUUCUAUACGCCAAAUACGCACGUCUUUUCAAACCUGGAGCCAAAGUCGAGGUACAGUGGAUCCGACUUCGCUGGUAGCACUUCCUUGACAGGCAUGAGCCAUGUCCAACGUUCGACAGCUCUUCCAAACCCUUCAUACAGCGCACGCGAUCUUUACUCGCGUGCGAUUCCAUCGUACCCUGGAAGAAUCGAUCACGCGGCUAGAUCAGCCACGGCGACCACUUCACUGAGAAGACACCCUUUGUCACCAACGCCAAGCCCGAGUGUGAGCUUCACAAGUCCCAACAGAAGGAUGGACACUGGACAAUUCGCCAACGGGCAUUCCCAGAACAUACCUCCGCUUCUGCCUCUGACGAUGAAUGGCAGGCUUUGCUAUGCAGACCCAGGAAGCACCCCAUUGAAUCUCGAUAUUCAAGGAGCUAUUGACAAAGGGUUCUUCUAUUCCGAAGGCGACUGGACCUGCUACCGCCGUAAUUAUUUUGCUUGCGUAUGCUCGUACAGUUACUCGCCCAUACUGGCCGCCCCGAUACAAUUCACGCCGGAGAACUCGUCUCACACAUACACGGUCUUCGGCUUCGCCAUGUCAAUAUCUGCGGUCGUCGCCGAAAGUGAUUCGCAACAAAUCGACCUUGUGCAACACACGCCAAAGCGGGACAAGGGCCCGGUCUCUAAACCAGACAAAGUACGACUGGAACCCAAGCCACCACAGCCAAUUGGGCUCUACGGUACUGAUGCCCACGCUCGUAUGUUCGAAGGCGGCUAUAUUACCCACGGGCGGGGCAACUAUCCGGUGGAUCAUACUUUCGAGAGAAUUCAAUUCAAACAGGCAACCGCAAACAAUGGGAAACGGCGUGCGGCCCAACAGUACUACCACCUGGUUAUCGAGCUUUACGGCGAUGUUGGCAACCAGGGCCCAGAGCAUUUCAUCAAGAUUGCACAACGAAAGUCGGCAAAGAUGAUUGUCCGGGGCCGCUCCCCAGGUCACUAUCAGCAGGAUCGCCGCGGAAGUACCGGUAGCGGAGGAGGCAGUGCAAGUGGGAUGAACGGCUACGGAGGUGGCCCAUUGCUGGGCAGUGAUUACGGCGCCGGGCCCUCCUCGUUGCUACCCCACUCAUACGGCAGUGGUGGAUUCGAUGGUCGACCUUCCGGGCACUAUUCUUCCACCCGAAAUGCCGAGUUGUCCCGGGACACGACGAUGACGGAAGACCCAAAGUUGUUGCCCGAAUCCAAAGAUUACCAAUAUUUCCCCGGCACGAUAUAUGAAGGCACAACAGAUGCAAACCACCACCGAGUCCAGAUGUUUGAUCACCGCGGCGAUCACGCUGAUGAAAUUACUGCAGCUCGACAUAUUGGUGCUGGUGAUGGCUCGCGCGUCAAGCAUGAGUAUGAUGGCCAUCCGUCGACUCUGUACAACCCCGGACCCGCCUACUAUGCCGGUAGCUGCCAACGGUUUGAGGGCAGGGCCAGCUCGUCUGGAUAUUACCCGACCGUCCCGUCGCAAUCUAACUGAUUCCUGGCUUCAGAGCCAAAAAGCUCGCGCCAUGUUCGUUUGAAGAUAACAUGCAUGCAUGAUUGACGGACAUGAGGGCAG